UUCAAAGGAGGAAACAUGGCGGAAAACAAAGGAGGCGGCGGCGGCGGGGACGCGGCCGCCGAGGCCGCGCCGGGCGGCGGCGGCGGUCUGGAGCCUCCCGCCGGCUCGCCGUCCGCCGCCGCGCCGCCCGAGGAGCGCGAGAGCCCCGGGGCGGCGGCGGCGGAGCGCGGCGGCGGCGAGGCCGAGGCCGAGGCGGCGGCGGGGCCCGGUGCGGCGGCGGGGCCCGGCCCCAGCCCGGUGCCGCCGCUGACGCCCGCGGCGCCGGGGCCGUUCUCGCUGCUGGACACGUGCGCGGUGUGCGCGCAGAGCCUGCAGAGCCGGCGGGAGGCCGAGCCCAAGCUGCUGCCCUGCCUGCACUCCUUCUGCCGCCGCUGCCUGCCCGAGCCCGAGCGCCAGCUCACCGUGCCCGUGCCCGGCGGCGCCAACGGCGACGUGCAGCAAGUGGGGGUGAUCCGGUGCCCCAUCUGCCGCCAGGAGUGCCGGCAGAUCGACCUGGUGGACAAUUACUUCGUGAAGGACACCUCGGAGAGCCCCAGCAGCUCCGACGAGAAGUCCGAGCAGGUGUGUACCAGCUGUGAGGACAACGCCAGCGCCGUGGGUUUCUGUGUGGAGUGUGGGGAGUGGCUGUGCAAGACCUGCAUCGAGGCUCACCAGCGAGUAAAGUUUACUAAGGACCACAUGAUCAGGAAAAAAGAGGAUGUGUCCUCAGAGGCCGUGGGAGCAUCUGGUCAACGUCCUGUUUUCUGCCCUGUCCACAAACAAGAGCAGUUAAAGCUUUUCUGUGAAACCUGUGACAGGCUGACAUGCAGAGACUGUCAGUUACUGGAGCACAAAGAACACAGGUACCAGUUCCUGGAAGAAGCUUUUCAGAACCAGAAGGGUGCAAUUGAGAACCUGUUGGCCAAACUUCUUGAGAAGAAGAAUUAUGUAAAUUUUGCAGCUGCCCAAGUUCAAAAUAGGAUAAAAGAAGUACAUGAAACCAACAAACGAGUAGAGCAGGAAAUCAAAGUGGCUAUAUUCACCCUCAUCAAUGAAAUCAAUAAAAAGGGAAAAUCUCUCCUACAACACCUUGAGAACGUGACAAAGGAGAGACAGAUGAAGCUGAUCCAGCAGCAGAACGACAUCACUGGUCUGUCACGACAAGUGAAGCACGUGAUGAACUUCACUAAUUGGGCCAUCGCCAGCGGCAGCAGCACUGCCCUGCUCUACAGCAAGCGCCUGAUAACGUUCCAGCUGAGGCACAUCCUGAAGGCACGCUGCGAUCCCGUCCCUGCUGCCAACGGGGCCAUCCGCUUCCACUGUGACCCCACCUUCUGGGCUAAGAACGUUGUCAAUUUGGGUAACCUGGUCAUUGAAAAUAAACCAGCCCCUAGUUAUACUCCCAAUGUAGUGGUUGGGCAGACUCCUCCAGGAACAAACCACGUCAGCAAAGCUCCAGGACAAAUCAAUCUGGCCCAGCUGCGACUGCAGCACAUGCAGCAGCAAGUGUAUGCCCAAAAACACCAGCAGCUGCAGCAGAUGAGGAUGGCCCAGCCAUCCUCUGCAUCCGUGCCCAGGCAGAGCAGCCCCCAAGUCCUGCAGCAGCAGCCUCCCAGGUUGAUCAGCAUGCAGACCAUGCAGAGGGGUAACAUGAACUGUGGGGCUUUCCAAGCACAUCAGAUGAGAAUGGCUCAGAAUGCUGCUCGUAUACCAGGAAUCCCACGCCACAAUGGACCUCAAUACUCCAUGAUGCAACCUCACCUUCAAAGACAACACUCCAACCCCGGCCACGCCGGGCCCUUCCCGGUGGUCUCCGUGCACAACACCACCAUCAACCCCACCAGCCCCACCACGGCCACCAUGGCCAGCGCCAACCGUGGCCCCACCAGCCCGUCCGUGUCGGCCAUCGAGCUCAUCCCGUCCGUCACCAACCCGGAGAACCUGCCCUCCCUGCCAGACAUCCCCCCCAUCCAGCUGGAAGAUGCUGGUUCCAGUAGUUUAGAUAAUCUGCUAAGUAGGUACAUCACAGGCAGCCACCUCCCCCCACAGCCUACAAGCACCAUGAAUCCCUCCCCAGGACCUUCAGCUCUGUCUCCAGGGUCAUCAGGUUUAUCCAACUCCCACACUCCUGUGAGGCCCCCCAGCACCUCCAGCACAGGCAGCAGAGGAAGCUGUGGCUCCUCGGGCAGGACUGCUGACAAAACUGGCAUUGGCUUCAAGGCUGACCAAGUGAAAGUAAAGCAAGAGCCAGGCACAGAGGAAGAGAUCUGCAGUUUCUCAGGAACAGUAAAGCAGGAAAAAACAGAGGAUGGCAGAAGGAGUGCUUGCAUGCUCAGCAGCCCCGAGAGCAGCUUGACACCACCACUGUCCACUAACUUACACCUGGAGAGUGAACUGGAAGCUUUUGGGAGCCUGGAAAACCACGUGAAGUCAGAGCCAGCAGAUCUGAGCGAGAGCUGCAAGCAGUCUGGGCACAGCCUGGUGAACGGGAAGUCGCCCGUGCGGAGCCUCAUGCACCGCUCGGCCCGAGCAGCAGGAGAGGGCAACAACAAGGAUGACGACCCCAACGAGGACUGGUGUGCUGUGUGCCAGAAUGGGGGGGAUCUGCUGUGCUGUGAGAAGUGCCCCAAGGUGUUCCACCUCACCUGCCACGUCCCCACGCUCCUCAGCUUCCCCAGUGGAGAGUGGAUAUGUACAUUCUGCAGAGAUCUGAGCAAACCUGAAGUGGAAUAUGAUUGUGACAAUUCCCAGCACAGCAAGAAGGGCAAGACAGCACAAGGCCUGAGUCCCGUGGACCAAAGGAAAUGUGAACGCCUCCUGCUUUACCUGUACUGCCACGAGCUGAGCAUUGAGUUCCAAGAGCCAGUCCCAGCCUCGAUACCAAACUACUAUAAAAUCAUAAAGAAACCAAUGGAUUUAUCCACGGUGAAGAAGAAACUGCAGAAGAAGCAUUCCCAACACUACCAGACCCCCGAGGACUUCGUGGCUGAUGUCCGGUUGAUCUUCAAGAACUGUGAAAGGUUUAAUGAAAUGAUGAAAGUUGUUCAAGUUUAUGCAGAAACACAAGAGAUUAAUUUGAAGGCUGAUUCAGAAGUAGCACAGGCAGGGAAGGCAGUUGCAUUGUACUUUGAAGAUAAACUUACAGAGAUCUACUCAGACAGGACCUUCCAGCCUUUGCCUGAAUUUGAGCAGGAAGAGGAUGAUGGUGAAAUAACUGAGGACUCCGAUGAAGAUUUUAUACAACCACGUAGAAAACGCCUAAAAUCAGAUGAGAGACCAGUGCAUAUAAAGUAAUCUAAUGAUAUGGACCUAAAAUUUAUUGUAAAAACUGUUAUUUAAGUGUUCCUGGAAUAUUAUCAUGCCUACAGUGGCCAUCUUGCAGAAGCUGAUAGCUUUUUAAACAGUAUUAGAUAACAAAAACACUUGUACAGAAAAAACAUUCGCAUCAAAAGGGGAAAAAACCUGUAUUGUAAAUUUUUGGUGGUUUGUAUUUUUUUUUUCCUUGAUUACUUGCUAUAUUCUUUCUUUUCCUGAUGGAGGGGACACGCUCAUCCUGGUCUCACAGACAGAGGUGGAGGAAUGUUGAAGAGAAGCAGAUUUGAUAGGAGAUGUUCCAUGUACAGAUAAGACUGUAGUGACACGACCUGCAGGACUGGACCCACUCAGUGACUGUGUCCUGCAUUACACUGCAGUGUAAACUGUGAGCAGAGCUCUUGAAAUCCCCUCUGUGUCCACUCAAGUGUGUGUUGGUCGUUGCUUUGAUCAUCCCAUUGAAGCAGGACUGUGAAUAAGUGAUCUUCUGUGUCUAUCCAACUGUUGACAUUUUGCUUUCUUUACUCCAUUUUAUGUAGAGCAAAAGGAAGAAGAAAGAAAAAUCAUUAAACUGUUCUGAAUGGGCGAAUGCAGGAAUGUGAGGCAGAUGAAAGGCUAAGCUGGUGGCUCCAAUCUCUUUCAGUAGGACAAGGUGUAUUUAUUAAACUCCUGUACCCAGAACAUUUUAAUGGCAUCCAUGGCAGAAGUCUCAGCGUUGUCAUCUGUCCCUGACCCCCUGACGAGGCAGAAUGUUCUCUCCAGUAUUCAUUCUCUACUUUUCUGUACUUAAAAUAUAGACUGAAGUGGUAAUAACUGGUUGGGGUGUUUUUCCAGUCUUCCUAAAUAUCAGUUUCUAAUAGACCACUCGGCAAACAAUAACCUAUUAACUACCAAAUGUGUAAAAUUUCCUGUAUUCACUUUGUCUUAUUUGUAAAUAGUGAAUUGAGAUUUCUUGCAGGUCAGCAACAUUUGCUGAACUGUUUUUAAGCUAAUAUGUAUUCUUAUUGAUUGUUCCUAUCAAGAAAAGAUUUGUAAUAUAUGCUAUUUCUAACAUUGCAUUCAUUUUGAGGUUCUGUCUUAUUUUUCUUAGAGUACUUCUCAGAACUUUCUUCAGAAGCAGCUUGUGAGGGAAAUAUGCAGGAAGAUUGGAAUCAGUCUGAGUUUGGGUUGCCUGUCCAUCCAUUGAACAAAGCACUUGCACAGGGUUUUUGGCCUUGAGUGGUUUCUGGUCCAAGAGUGAGAACAGAACAAUUUCCCCAUUCCCUCAGCAGCCCCUGGGGCACCUCUGCAGUGCCUUCCCUUGCACUGCCUCCAUCCCAGCAUUCCUGGUUAGAAAUCAUGGAAUCACAAGGAGCUACAGCUCCAGGAGUUGUUUUCUUUACUGACACGACUCAGUACUAGAAAUAAAUACAUUUUCUGGCCUUCACAUUGAUCUUGUUAAAGGAAGUUGAAGAAUUCAUGUAACCAAUGAGCUCGAGAUGGCAGACUCUGAAUUUGCCAUCCUUUGUGUGGAUCCAGCAGUUCUGUGGGAGAUCCCUGGGGGUUUGGUGUGCUCAGCACAGCCAUUCCUGUGACAUUGCUUUACCAUCAUGGUAAAGAGAAAUAUUUUAGCACAAUAUCAAAUUGAGAAAUGCUCUCAGCAGUUUUUAUGCAAAUCACUGCAGAUUUGGUUUCUUUUAUAAGAACCAGGUCUGUGUACCUUGGGAUUCUCCCUCUUGCAAUAAGUGAGGGGACUGAGGAUGUUUUUAAUUUCCAGCUCACUUCUUUACUCAAACAUUACACUUCAAACUCAAACUGGUUGUUUUUUUAAAUUUCUUAGACAUUAAAAGUGCUGUUUUAAGUUUAUUUUUUACCAGUUUGUAUGUGAAAGGAAAAGGAAUUCCACUUCAACAUAUUAAAUUGACAAAGAGCAACAACUUUGCCUGUGGAAAAGCUGAUGUGUGAAUAGGACACUGGUAGUGACAUGGGAUCAUUUCAUGGCUCUGUGUAUUGCCUAUUUAUGCAUUUCUAGUUUCUUGGCUUCAUUUUGCAAAAGGAAUAUUAUUAAAAUUAUCAUGAAAAUAAGAUCCUGUGAGCUCUCUUCACUCGGGCCUCCUGUUUUUUGUGGCACUUCUGGUACCUUCAGGCCUCACCUUUUGAGCUCUUCCCUGGGCAGCAGCUGGGGAUUGGAUCCUGCAGAGACCCUGGGGAUGAGCCAGAGCACGGGAUGGGCACGGGGGAUGCCAGGUGGAGCUCAGGGGAUCCCAAAUGGGGCCCAGGGAAUCCCAAAUGGGACCCAGGGAAUCCCAGCAUAGCCCAGGGGAUCCCAGCAUAGGACAGGAGAAUCUCAGAUGCAGCUCAGGGGGGUCCCAGAUGAAUCUCAGGCGAUCACAGAUGGAGUCCAAGAUGCCAGCAGAGCUCAGGGGAUCCCAGCAUAGGACAGGGGAUCCUGGGGUGGAUCUCAGGGCAUCCCAGAUGCAUCUCAGAGGAUCCCAGAUGGACCAGGGGAUGCCAGAUGGAGCUUGGGGGAUCCCAGCAGAGCUCAGGAGGAUCCAAGAUGGAUCUCAUGUGAUCCCAGGUGUAGCACAGUGGGAAGGACUCACCCCAAACCCUCCAGGGAGGCUCGUGCUCCCCAGCUGCUGCAGGACCAGGACCCUCUGCUCCCCACCCAGACCCCAGAGCAGUCCCCAGAGGUCUGGGACAGCCUUUCCUUUGAGGUGGCCUCUCCAACACUUCACUCCAGGUGGAGAACUUGGCCAGCUCAUGCUCAGCAUCCUCUGCACACCAGGAGUGCAGCUGAGCUGGACUUUGCUGAGCCCAAGUUCUUCCCUUGCUCAGAGCCCAGUGACCCUCCAGAGCUGCUCCUCCCAUCCAUCCCCCAGUGCUCAGUAGGAUUAUGUGGAAUUUUGAAUGUCUGCAAGAAAUCUCAAGUGUUUCUUUGAUACAAGGAAACAAAACAUUCUCUUACUCUUCUUCCCCUUCAUUUUUGAACUCCCAAAGCAGCACUUCAGUGAUUGUUUUGAAAGCAGCAAAGUUCUGUUUGAAAUUAUUUGAAAGGGUGGAUAAACCUUCCCUGAUCCUGUAGUCUGGGUGUUCAUCACAGAACUGGGAAGGGUUUGCUCAGUGGAAACUAUUUUUGGUGCCUCACUGUAACUCAUUAGAGGGUUUCUAUUAAUGAGCCACAUUAAUUCUCUGGGCAUCUUCUCUGUGCCAGCUGCUGGGUGUGCCAUGUGUGAGUGGCUUUACCUGGGGAAUCAGAGUUCACAUCAGGAAAUCCUGUGAAAUGGUGAUCCCACGGGGUGGCAGGAGGAAUCUGGCACUUGGUGCAACUCUGCUCUCAUUUAAAAUACUCCCAAAAAAUUGUGUCUCCAUUUUGGCUGGGAAUUAUUGUUGCCAUUGAAGUUUUAAGUUAAUCCAAAGAAGGAAAAGGCAAUUUGAAAUGAGUGCAAAGUGCUCAGUGUGAGCUGUCCUGCCAUGAAUUCCUGGUGAUGAGAGGAAAUUCAACAGCUAAAUGGGCUCAGGGCUUUUGUUUAGCUGUGCCCUGGAAUUAAGUGGCCUAGAGCAGAGUAAGGCAGAGCUACUAUCCAAAAAAAGGGGAUUUCCCCAACUUCUGCAAACAGAAAUUCUCAGUGAAGUGUGGAGAGGUUGUUCCUCUGUGUGGGAUGUCACUGUGACACUUGACUGUGACACUCUUUAUGCUGGAUCAAACUUUUGAAGCUACCGGAAAAGUCCCUAAAAUGAGCCCAAAAUUCUGUUUUAUCACCCGAUUUUGACUGACCUGGAAAAGUUUAGGUUAUUGCAGCAGUAUUUUGAAUCUGUGUGUGUGGUGCACUGGGAAUUGGCUUUUCCCAGCUGGCUUUUCCCACUCUCUUCCUUGGAAAAAGCAAUAAAACUGCUUUGUCAUUUGCCUGUCAGCAUGACAGGAAUCCUUUCCUUAGGAUAACGAUUUUAUAGGGAAAUUUGUAUGCAAAUCACAAGCCUAGCUUUUAAAAACAAACUCUGCAGCAGUUCCUGACAAUAUAGAGUGUGGCAUUUUAUUUUAAAAAACUGGGGAAAGUUCCUUAUUUUUUUAAGAAGUAGCUGUUUGAGCAAAUAAUGGAGGUACUUUUUUAAAAUAAAAAUGUAAAUGCCACAGUUUACACAGAUGGCACGUAUGGAUUGUAUCUUUGGGUAUGGUGAUUUAUUUUGUCUUCUCAAAGUGUGUGUGCAGUAACUCUUCCAUCUACUUCCACUUGGCUUAUGGGGAUCCUUUUUUUCUGUGCUUUCUGAUGCAUCCGGAUUGAAACAGCUUUCCAAAAUUGCAGUUAAUUUGGGAAUCUUUAUUAUAAGUGGACUAUGAGAUGUAUGAAAUGUAGCUUGGGCCUUUUCUGUUGAUUGAAAUAACAGCUCGAGGCUGCUGUCUUUAGAAUUUAUGGGAUUUCUACAAAGAGAGGUACUGGGAUAUUUUGUGAGCUGGACUUUGGCAGGAUUCAGUCUGGAGUGAGCUCCCCUGGCACGCCCGUGCUCACCUGCAAUGGAGGAUCCUUAGGCUCAGAACACCAGGACACAUGUAAAUAAUUCUAUACAGAUUUGUGCAGUGCAAAGCUUGUUUUACAUGUAAACAUUCUCCUGGAAGGGUUAAAUCAUGGCAUCUUUGAUUCUUCAAUUAUUUCCUGCUUCCAGUGCUGGAGCUGGCUCAUUUUGCACAUAAUAAACUUGCCUCAUCUUUUAAUAUGAUUCUUCAAAAAAAAAAAAAAAAAACCAAACAAAAAAACAAGUGCUGUUUCUGUGGUAUUGUGUUAUCUGAAUCAUCCUAUUUAACUUUUUUUUUUUUUUUAAAGUUAUUGUUUUGAAUUGUUCUGUUCCUGUGGGGUUUUUUUUUGCUGGUGUGUAAUUAAAAUCAAAUUUUUCUUUCUCUGGUUAUUUAAUACUUUAGCUGCCUGUAAAUAUUUCUUGUUAAGUGCUCUGGAAUGUGCUAUAGAAGUUGUAUUCGCUCAGUUUAAAGCAUUGUUUGGAACCCAUUUUGGUUGCUUAUUUCUAUUAAAUUAGAAAAAUCACUCUUUCAA